UGUGUGCGCGCCAGUGACGAUCUGAUUGUCCCGUCGUUAAGUCGUCAUAACCACUUAAAGCGCAUACACGGACGAAAAUAAUAAUAAUAACAAUAAUAAUAAUAAUAAUAUUGUAUAAUAUCGUUAAAACCGAAAAUCGCGGAUCGUCGAGUCCGUCGUCCCUCCCCGUGCCGAAAUACCGACUUACUCUACUCACGUGCAUUAAUAUACAUUUCGGAAAAUUCGUAAAUUAAUUUUUUUUUCGUUUUUCUCAAGUGUUCGCUGACCACGGUUCGGUUUCUUUUCCGCGUUUUUAUUAUCAAUUCGCGCGGCAUACACAUAUAUACAUAUAUAUAUAUAUAUAUAUACAUCAUCAUCGGUCGUCGUUAAAAAUUUUAUACUCUGCUCGUAAAAACCGCGGGCGCGCGUGCGAGUUUUACGACCCGUCUGGAUAUACGACGACGACAGCGAGAUGACCCUUUUUACGACAAAUUAAACGGUUCGUAAAGCCGACAAAAAGUGUUUUCGUAGUGAGUGUGUGUGUUUGUGUGUUUGUGUGUGCGCCCGUGCAAGCGUGAGUGUGGAUUUGUCAGCGUAUGUGUGCAAUAUUGUUUGUACGCCUGCACCGACCCGCGAGCUAUGCGAUCUUGACGAAACAUCAUAAUCGUAUAUGUCCGUAAAUGUAUAUCAUCAUCACCGUUGACUGCUGAUAUAAUAUAAGAAAAUAAUAUAAUUCUCUGAGUGUCGGACGAAAAAAAUUCGUCUUACCUCUCGCCCGUGUGAGCGGACGAAAAUUGCAAACGGAAAAAAAAAUAUUUAAAUUAACAGUCUUCGCCGCAAGAUGAAUUCGUAUUUCGAACAGAGCGGUUUCUACGGUGGACAUCACCAUCACCAGUCGUCGUCGGCACACCACCACGACCAGAACGCCGUGGCGGCCGCGUACCGCUUUCCCAUCGGCCUGGGCAUGUCGCCGUACGCGUCAUCGCAGCAUCAUCACCAUCACGGGCUAUCGCAGUCCAGGGCCCCGCAGGACAGCCCGUACGACGCGUCCGUGGCCGCGGCCGCGUGCAAGCUCUACGGCUCCAGCGGCGGCGGCGGCGGUGGCGUCGGCGGCGGUGGCGGUGGUGGCGGCGGCGGGGGCGGCUCCGGCGGCGGCAGCGAUCAGUCUUCAGCGGCCGCCGUGGCCGCGGCCGGCCUCAACUACACGAAGACCGAGCCCUGCGUCGGCAAAUCGGACGCCGCGGCCGCGGCCCACCAGAACGGUUACGCGUCGUCGCCCAAGGACGUAGUGUGGCCCGGCAACGCGGCGUCCGCGGCCGCCAACGGGUCGCUGCUCCGGCCCAACGUGUGCACGCCCGAAUCUCGCGUCGGCUACGGGUCCGGCAACAGCGUGUCCGGCCUGGACGGCGCCGGCGCCAGCCCGAACUCGGCACGCAACUCGGCCGGCUCGCUGUCCGCCUCGUGGAACACAUGCACCGGCAUCAACAACAAUGGUCACCAGCAACAGGCCCUGCAGCUCAACCAGCAACAGAACAACCACACGUUCUACCCGUGGAUGGCCAUUGCAGGUCAGUCUCUAGGAGCAAAUGGACUCAGACGCCGUGGUCGACAGACGUACACCAGAUACCAGACUCUCGAACUAGAAAAAGAGUUCCACACCAACCAUUACCUGACUCGCCGGCGGCGGAUAGAGAUGGCGCAUGCGCUGUGUCUCACCGAAAGGCAGAUAAAGAUAUGGUUCCAAAACAGGCGGAUGAAGCUGAAAAAAGAGAUACAAGCCAUCAAAGAGCUUAACGAACAGGAAAAACAGGCACAGGCGCAAAAGGCCGCCGUGCUGGCAGCCGCUCAGGCCGCCGGUGAUCGCUAAAAGAAAAGACGAUGGCACUUUUUUUUUUAAACAACCACCCCCGACCUAUUAUAUACGAGUUAUCAUUAAUUUUCCUUAUCGUUUUAUUAUUUUUAUUUUUACCCCCUUCGACGCCAUAUUUUUUAACGUUUUUAUUUCUGUACAUAAAUUUGUAAUUUUCGUUUUUUUUUUACCCGUGCAACCUUAUAUUAUUAUAUAAUAUACUAUUGUCGCGCGCGCGACCAUCGUGUUUGUUUCUAGUUGUGUUCAUGUAUAAUUUUGUAUAUUAUCCCCUUUAUAUAUUAUUAUAAAAUAAUGUAUCCAUAAGGAUUAUGUCGCUUUUUUCAUUAUAUAUAUAUAUAAUAAAUAUUUUAAAUAUAAUACUGUAAAUGUAAAUACGAAAUCUAUAUACGUAAUAAGUGUGUUUAUCACCAACCCCCCCCCCCCUAACCGCUCGUCAUACAGAAUCGUCCCAAAGAGAAACCGCGCGGCCGAGCUCGUCGCGUGACGCAAAAACGACGGCAACGAAAUCCGCAUCGCGAAAAGAAGACGUCACCGUCGCCGCCAUCGCCGAGACAAGACCUGCUGCACUGCUGUUGCAGGAUUGCCGGAAUGCCAAGCGCACACGCGCUGCUAUACGAAUCCUUCGGAUCAUGAUCAUCAGAUUAUAAUUAUUCCUGGGACGAUAAGUUCUUACAAGCGAAUAUUGAUAACAUCAGAGCAUGCAACCAAAUAUUUCAAACAAAACUACAAACAAUGAUAAACGGAGAAAACACGAUUGAUGAUACGCGCAAAAUAUAUUGGCUCCUCGGCUCGAAACGACACUAAUUGUCGAUACACAGAUAUACGUAAUAUUAUGUUUGUAUACGAUUUAAAUUUAUUAUAACAUGUAUAAAUAAUAAUAAACCAUCGACGAUAAAUCAUUUAAA